AUGAAAUACAUUCAAACUGAACAAUCCAUUAAUAUUCCAGCUGGUGUUAACGUUAGUAUCAAAGCUAGAGUUGUCAAGGUUACUGGUCCAAGAGGUACCUUAGUCAAGAACUUAAAGCACAUUGAUGUUACUUUCAAAAAGAUUGACAACACCUUGAUCAAGGUUACUGUUCACGAUGGUGAAAGGAAGCAUGUUGCUGCAUUAAGAACAGUUAAGUCUUUGAUUGACAAUUUAAUUACUGGUGUCACCAGAGGUUACAAGUACAAGAUGAGAUAUGUUUAUGCGCAUUUCCCAAUCAACGUCAACGUUAUUGAAAACGAAGGUAAGAAAUUCAUUGAAAUUAGAAAUUUCUUAGGUGACAAGAAGGUCAGACAAGUCCCAGUCAGAGAAGGUGUUGCUGUCGAAUUCUCUGCCAACCAAAAGGAUGAAAUUGUUUUAUCUGGUAACUCUGUUGAAGAUGUCUCUCAAAAUGCUGCUGAUAUUCAACAAAUAUGUCGUGUCAGAAACAAGGAUAUCCGUAAGUUCUUAGAUGGUAUCUACGUUUCUCAAAAGGGCCACAUCGUUGAAGAAAUUUAA